AACUCAAACUCAAACUCAAACUCCUCUUUUCUUAAUUCUUCCUUUCUUUCUUAUAUUCUCUCUCUCUCUUUCCAUUUCUAAAACCCCAUCGGCCAUCAGAGAAUUCUAGAUGCUCACAUCAUCAACCACCAAUUAACUAUUGCCAUUCUUUUUCAUCCAUCACCUUACAACAAUCCACAAAUAUUUUAAACAAAGUCCAUUUUCUUUUUCAUUUUAUAUUAUUUUAUAUUAUUUCUUCACAAACUCACCCACACCUCUCUCUAUUUAUGCAGUUAUAGUUAUAAAACUCUACAACAUCCUUCUCUGUUUCAGGUCAACAUAAAAGUCCUCUUUUUCUCUGUUCUUGUUCUUCUUCUUCUGAACACAUGGUGAGUUCUAUCUCACAAGGUCUUGUUCUCACCACAGCUAUGCUUGUAUCAAGCACUGUUCUUUAUCUUGCUUUCUCAAGGCAAAAGAUUCACGGGGGGAAUCCUGAUUCUCAUGAUGAUGACUCUUCUAACAAACAAAUCUUACGCUCUUGCUUAUAUUCAGAGGAAAAGAAAAGGGAGAGAAAGAUGAUGAAGAAGAAGAAGAAGAAGAAGAAAGUUCAAUUUGCGGAUAAUGUGAAGGAAGCAAUAGAAACGAGUGAGUUGGGUAUGAAAGAACAGAGGAAACAAAACAGAGUAUCGAGCAAUUGCAGACAUCAAACCCCUGAAAUUCGUAGAAUUCCAGAGAACAGAAUCGCUUUGUAUAACGGAAUUUUGAGAGACAGAGUACAUAGAAUGGAAUGCUCUUAUUGAUCGAACACUGUACAUUUGUGUGGGGACUUAAUACAAGAACAUGGGACACAGGUUGUUCAGGACAUCAGAUGAACCUCUCUCUCUCUCUUUCUCUCUCUGUGUCUGUGUGUGUUCUUUUUAUUUAUUUAUUUUUAUAUUUUCGUUUCAAAUUUAGUUUUGUGGUGAGGGUGUUAACACACAAGAGAAAAAAGAAAAAAAAGAAAAAAAAAGUCUUGAAGAUCUUGUGGUUGUAGAUGCUGGACUUUGUCCAACUCGUGGUUUUUUUUUUAUUGAGUUAUCAAAUAUUGGCCAAAGUUUUGUUUUCUUCGAAA